GCGUGGCUUGCCGGUGCGCCUGCGCGGGAGGCGCUGGCGGCGGCCCGUGCGGUUGGCGGCCGGGAAACCCCUCGGCGCAGCGCAGGGGCAGGGCCGGCCCAGCCGCCAUAGCGAGCGCUCGGGCCUGGUAGCGCUGCGGGCGGGAGAGGGCGCGGAGGCCGAGCCGGGGCCGCGGGGGCCUCUCCCCGUCGUCCGCCCGGGCUGCGAGGGGGAGCCAGGAGGGUGCAACCGCGGCCCAGCUCGAUCGUUGAGGGCCGGAGCCGUUGCGGGGGCCGGGGCCUUGCAGCGCCGCCGCGAUGGAGUCCUGAGGCCUCCGCCAGCCGAGUCUGCCUGAGGCCGCGGGGCCUGGUCAUGGCGGAGGGCCGCGGCCUCUGAGCGCCGCCGGCUUACCCGAGCUCAGCCCGCGCCGCUUACCCCGUCCCCUCGGUGGGCCCUUCCCGCGCCUCCGCGGGCCCUGACCGGCGCGGAGCCCGCGGUGCCGCCGGCGCGGAGCAGGCCCGGCCCCGACCAUGUCGUGCGUCCAUUACAAGUUCUCGUCCAAGCUGAACUAUGAUACGGUCACCUUCGACGGGCUGCACAUCUCCCUGUGCGACCUCAAGCGCCAGAUCAUGGGCCGCGAGAAGCUGAAGGCGGCCGACUGCGACCUGCAGAUCACCAACGCCCAGACCAAAGAAGAAUACACAGAUGAUAGUGCCCUGAUUCCUAAGAACUCCUCAGUAAUUGUUAGAAGAAUCCCUAUCGGAGGAGUUAAAGCUACGAGCAAAACAUACGUUAUGACUCCUAAAUCGCACAAAAUCCUAGAAACUGCUUUCAGAAGUCGAACUGAGCCAGUGAGUGGGACAUCAAAAGCAAUUGAUGACUCUUCUGCAUCUAUUUCUCUGGCCCAGCUUACUAAGACCGCCAAUCUGGCUGAAGCCAAUGCUUCCGAGGAGGAUAAAAUAAAAGCUAUGAUGACACAAUCUGGCCAUGAAUAUGAUCCAAUCAAUUACAUGAAGAAGCCUUUGGGCCCACCCCCACCAUCAUACACCUGCUUUCGGUGCGGGAAGCCCGGCCACUACAUAAAGAACUGCCCAACAAAUGGGGACAAAAACUUUGAGUCUGUUCCCAGAAUUAAAAAGAGCACAGGAAUUCCAAGGAGUUUCAUGAUGGAGGUGAAAGAUCCCAAUACAAAGGGUGCUAUGCUAACAAACACUGGAAAAUAUGCAAUACCAACUAUUGAUGCGGAAGCUUAUGCUAUAGGAAAGAAGGAAAAACCUCCCUUUUUACCAGAAGAGCCGUCCUCCUCCUCAGAAGAAGAUGAUCCUAUUCCAGAUGAGUUGUUAUGUCUCAUUUGCAAAGAUAUAAUGACUGAUGCAGUUGUUAUUCCCUGCUGUGGAAACAGUUAUUGUGAUGAAUGUAUUAGGACGGCGUUACUGGAAUCUGAGGAACAUACAUGCCCAACAUGUCAUCAGACAGAUGUUUCUCCUGAUGCUUUAAUUGCCAACAAGUUCCUGCGCCAGGCUGUGAACAACUUCAAGAAUGAGACGGGUUACACAAAAAGGCUCCGUAAGCAGGUUCAGCAGCAGCAGCAGCAGCAGCCGCCGCCACCGCCUCCGCCAGCACCGCAUCCCCCGCCACUGAUGAGACAGACCAUCACGCGGCCGCUGCAGCCGCUGCUCCGGCCGGCGCUGGCCCGGCAGCAGGACCCGCUCAUGAUCCCGCUGGCGUCGCUGGCCUCGCGUUCGGCCGCGCUGCCGUCGCUGGUGCCCGGGCAGGCGGCUGGGCUGCCGGUCAACCCAUCACUGGUUGUCUCUGAUCUGCCCCCAGCCGUGUCACUGUCUCUCCGCGGGGAAAAGCCAGAUGGGCCUUUUCGUGACCCUGAUUCUGUUUUACCUCCCGCUGCUCUGGUGACUGCCGCUGAACUUUCUAAAUCUUCCUCUCUGUCCAUCAGCAGUUUGUUGGAAGAGAAGGGCUAUCAGGUUCCUGUACUAAGACAACCGGCAUUGCCGAGUCUUCUGGGCCCCCAAGGACAAUCAAUACCCACAACUGGUCACCCAUUGAGAGCCGGUGCCAUUCGCUCAGCAGGUGGCAGACCAGGCUGGGAACUUGCAAACCGAGGCCGCCCACACAGUGACCGUGCCCAGAGGACUCAGACCCCGUCGCUUCCAGCAUCCGCGCCCGUAUUCGUGCCCGUGCCCCCGCCGCCGCUGUACCCCCCGCCACCCCACGCGCUGCCGCUGCCGCCGGGGGUGCCGCCACCGCAGUUCCCGCCGCAGUUCCCGCCGGGGCAGCCCCCAUCCGCAGGGUAUGGGGUCCCCCCACCGGGAUACCCCCCAGCUCCUGCCAACCUGUCAUCAGCCUGGGUACCCACCGCAGUGCCAGCGGCGCAUUCCAACGCCAUCCCGACCACACAGGCGCCUCCUUUGUCUAGGGAGGAGUUUUACAGAGAGCAACGGAGACUGAAAGAGGAGGAAAAGAAAAAGUCCAAACUUGAUGAGUUUACAAAUGAUUUUGCUAAGGAAUUGAUGGAAUAUAAAAAGAUUCAAAAGGAGCGUAGGCGUUCGUUUUCCAGGUCCAAGUCUCCCUAUAGUGCUUCAUCUUACUCUAGAAGCUCGUAUACCUACUCCAAGUCACGGUCGGGUUCCUCCCGCUCUCGCUCCUACUCUCGAUCGUUUAGUCGUUCCCAUUCGCGUUCCUACUCGCGAUCGCCGCCGUAUCCAAGACGAGGCAAAGGGAAGAGUCGUAACUAUCGUUCUAGGUCAAGGUCACAUGGGUAUCACCGGUCAAGGUCAAGGUCACCCCCGUACAGAAGAUACCAUUCACGGUCAAGGUCUCCAGUGUUUAGAGGCCAGUCUCCCACUAAACGGACAAUCCCUCAAGGGGAAGGAGAGAGGGAGUAUUUUAACAGAUACAGGGAAGUCCCCCCCUACGACAUGAAAGCGUACUAUGGCAGAUCUGUGGACUUCAGAGAUCCCUUCGAAAAGGAAAGAUACCGAGAGUGGGAAAGGAACUAUAGAGAAUGGUACGAAAAGUUUUACAAGGGCUAUGCCGUUGGCGCUCAGCCUCGGCCUCCAGUCAACAGAGAGAACUUUUCUCCAGAGAGGUUUGGUCCACCUGGGACCAGGCGAGAGAAUUCACCGUAUGCGCGGGGACGUAGGGAGGAGUAUCCUGGUGGGCAGAGCCACAGGAAUCGUAAUAUAGCUGGAAGUUACCCUGAAAAACCUUCUGGCAGAGAGAGCCACAGCAUCAAGGAUCCCACAAAAUCAAAAGAGAAGGAAGUGGAAAAUCCACUGGGAGAUGGCAAAGGAAAUAAACAUAAAAAACACCGAAAGAGAAGAAAAGGGGAUGAGAAUGAAGGAUUUCCCAAUGCUGAGUUGUUAGAAGGUGCAAGAAAACCAAGAGAGCCAGUUACAGCAGAAGACGUUAAAACAGACUCUCUGUUCAUGGUCCCGAGCAGAGAUGAUGCCACACCUGUGAGAGAUGAGCCCAUGGAAGCGGAUUCGAUUGCUUUCAAACCCGUGUCUGAAAAGGAGAAAAAAGAGAAGGACAAGCCAAAAGCAAAAGUUGACAAAACAAAGCGGAAGGUGGAAGUGACUGCUGCUCCAAAGAAAGACAACGUGGUAAAACCAGCUAAAGCUUCCCAAGAGAAGGCGGACACCGACCGGGAAAAAUCUCCUCGAACAGAACCUCCCGUGAAAAAGGCGAAGGAGGAGUUGCCAAAGACAGACAGUGUUAAAGCGUCUUCCUCUCAAAAGGAUGAGAAGGCUCUUGGUACCCCACGGAAAGUUCACCCGAAAGCAACAAAAGAUCAUCCAGAAACCAGACCAGCCAAGGAGGAAAAGGCAAAGAAAGACCAUCCGAAAGAAACCAAGUCAGAGAAGCCCUCCAACAAAGAGGACAAGUCAAAAAAGCCUGCUGAAAAAAGCAAACCUUCCGAUGCAAAACCUGAAAAAAGAAAAAGAAAAGUAGAUGAAAAGGCUGAUAAAGAGCACGAAGCCACUUCCACAAAGGCCUCUAAGCCAGAAACUGCUGAAUCGAAAACAUCACCAAAGGGGAAGACUGAGCCUGAUGGUGAAAAAGGAGAGCGAACUCCAGAAAAGGAUAAAUCUGCUUCUAACAACCCCGCAAAAAAGAUUAAACUGAACCGAGAAACUGGCAAAAAGAUUGUGAGUGGAGAAAAUGUGCCACCCGGUAAAGAGCCUGUUGAGAAACCUGAGCCGAGCAGCAGCAAAGUGAAACAAGAAAAAGUGAAGGGAAAAGUGAGAAGAAAAGUAGCAGCAGCUGAUGGGUCUAGUUCAACUCUGGUAGAUUACACCAGCACUAGUUCUACUGGAGGAAGCCCCGUUAGAAAGACAGAAGAAAAGACAGAUACAAAAAGAACUGUCAUUAAGACCAUGGAGGAGUAUAAUAAUGAUAUAACUGCCCCUGCUGAAGAUGUCAUCAUUAUGAUCCAGGUCCCGCAGUCCAAGUGGGAUAAAGAUGACUUUGAGUCUGAGGAGGAAGACAUUAAAUCCACCCAGGUGCCCACAAACAUCAGCAAACCUGCUAGUGUUAUAAAAAAUGUGAGUGCUAAGCCACCAAACCCUGUAAAACACAACGAAAAAGAGACGGAGCCUUUGGAGAAAACACAGAAAACUACAAAAGAGGCGAGUUAUGAAAGCUCCCAGCACGACGCAAAAAGUUCAAAAAGUUCUGUCUCGAACGAAAAAGGAAAAACCAAAGACAGGGAUCAUUCGUUGUCAGAUAAGGACACUUCUGAGAAGAGAAAGAGCACUGUUCAGCCGGAGAAAGACCACUCGGAACGUGCAGCUGAGCAAGGAAAUGGCAAAAAUAUUUCUCAAUCUUCCAAAGACAGCCGAUCUUCAGAGAAACACGACACUGGCCGUGGAUCCACCGCUAAAGACUUCACUCCGAACCGAGACAAGAAGUCUGACCAUGAUGGCAGCAGAGAUCAUUCUAGUUCCAAGCGCAGAGAUGAGAAGGGUGAAUUUGCAAGGAGGAAAGACUCCCCCUCUCGAACCAGGGAAUCUGCGUCAGUCCAGAAAAGUAAACCCAGAGAGGAGCGAGCGGAGCCGUCCAAAAAGGGCCCUGGAGAAGCCAAGCGGAGCAGCUACAGCCCCCCGCGCGAGCGGAAACAGGCUGAGCACAAAGCUGCUCACGAGCCCAAGCGUCCAGUGGAGGAACACAAACCUGCGGAUAAAAAUUCAGGAAAAGAGAAAGAGAAGGAGAAGGAGAAAGAAAAGGAGAAGGAGAAAGAGAAGCACGUACCAGAAAUGAAGAGCAAUAAAGAAAAAGAAAAAGAGAAAGAAAAAGAGAAAGAGCCAGCUGGUACUAAACCACCUUUGAAACAAGAAUCCCCAGAGGUAAAACCUGAGAAAGAGAACGUGAGUGCACAGAACGAUAAGAGCGUGGUCAAGCCCAAGCCUCAGGUAAGCAGCUCCUCACGCCUCUCUUCCGACCUGACGCGAGAGACCGACGAGGCUGCCUUUGUGCCCGACUACAAUGAGAGCGACAGCGAGAGCAACGUAUCUGCAAAAGAGGAGGAAGCUCCGGGGAAAAAUCCUAAAGAGCCGAAAGAAAAGGUGGUUGAAAAGGCGAAGGAGGAGCCGGUAGCGGCUGUGGCCGCCGAGCAGCCCGAGGUGAGUCAGAGCCAGAGCAGCCCCAGCGUGAGUCGCAGCCGCAGCCACAGCCCGUCCGAGAGCCAGACCCGCAGCCACAGCAGCAGCGCCAGCUCCGGGGACAGCCAGGACAGCAAGAAGAAGAAGAAGAAAAAAGAGAAGAAGAAGCACAAGAAGCAUAAGAAACACAAGAAGCAUAAGAAACACCUUGGAAACGAAACGGAAUUGGAAAAGAGCCAAAAACACAAACACAAGAAGAAAAAGUCGAAGAAGAGCAAAGAUAAAGAGAAAGAUGACCAAAAAGUGAAAUCUGUCCCUACAUAGAACGACAGAUAAUAACAAAAUGACUUAAUUCCUAAGUCAUCUGUAUUAAAUUUUGUUAAAAUGUAAACGAAUUCAAGCGUUGUAAAUAAUGACAUGAAAGACCCUGUGCUGCACUUAAAAUAUUGCUGCUUGAUUAUUUGAUUUUUACAUCAGAGCUUUAUAAAGUGAACAUUUUGUACAGAAUUGUGAGUUGUGACCAUGUAACAUGAAAGGUUUUGCUGGGGCAUCUUAUUUUUAACCACCGUUAAUUAGUUUGGGUGGAGUUUACUGUACUGUGAAGAUUUUCACAUUUGAAUUUUUUUUUUAAUUGCCUGGCAGAAGCAGCUGGUAUCAGUUAUAAAAUACCAGCAGAAUGAUUUGCAGAAUACAUUACAGCCCUGUUAUGUCACUUUUUGAUUACAAUAAAAAGUUUUCAGUAAACUA